AUGCUCAGCUACGGGGCUAGAGUCUGGCGAGCUAGGGCAGCUGCCCGGGCUCUGCCCAGCAUCCUCCACAGAAAUUACAGCACGAAGGAGCAACGAACUCCAUGGGUGAACCCAUGCCGGCCUCGUCAAUUCAGCUCACAUGGCUCGACUGACAAGCUAAUUCUGCCGGUGGAUAUGCUGAAUCAGGCGAAGGAGCGGGUAUACACGCCGAGACUAGCCUACGCAGUGCGCCGGCGUGAUCCGGAGCUCGUCGGCCCGGCUGCCCAUACGCCCCGGGAGACCAAACAUCUGUCGGACCUCGACGACCAGGAGGGCUUGCGCGUGCACUUGUCCUUGGCGCUCUUUUACCGUGGCGCUGGUGGACAGAACGGCGUCGACCCGGCCGGCCUCAUACGACGUGCGCUCGGCGAGGCGCUGGUGCACUACUACCCGUUGGCCGGUCGGCUCAGGGAGGUUGAGGGUCAGAAGCCGAUGGUCGACUGCACCGGCGAGGGGGUACUCUUUGUGGAGGCCGACGCUGACGUACGGCUGGCAGAGCUGGAGGCGGUCGGGCUCAUGCCGCCGUUCCCUUGCUGGGACCAGCUGCUCUUCGACGUGGAGGGAUCCCGCGGCGUGUUUGACUGUCCCUUGCUGCAUAUCCAAGUGACACGUCUGCUUUGCGGCAGCUUCGUAUUCGCGCUCCGCUUCAACCACCUCAUCUGCGACGGAAUCGGCAUCGCCCAGUUCAUGAACGCCAUCGCCGAGCUAGCCCGCGGCCUCCCGUCCACGACCUUCGCACCCGUCUGGUCCCGCGAGCUCCUCAAUGCUCGCGACCCGCCUAUGCCUUCAUUUACGCACCGCGAGUUCGGCCGACUACUUCAGCCGCCUCCGCCGGCCGGCGAUACGGUCAUGCGUUCUUUCACCUUCGGCGCACCAGACCUCGCCACCAUCAAGAAAAGCCUCCCUCCGCUCCUCCGCGACACCGCCACCACCUUCGAGGUCCUCGCGGCGUUCCUCUGGCGUGCUCGCGCCGCGGUGCUCGAGCUCCCCCCAGGCGGGAACGCUCCCCUAAUGAUCGUCGUUAACAUCAGGGGCGCUGCCGACAUGAGCCUGCCCGCGGGGUACUAUGGCAACGCGUGUGUGCCCUCCACGGUGCUGGUUGACCCAGAGGUGCUACGUGGCUGCUCGCUGGGCGAUGCCGUGGCGCUGGUGCGGCAAGCGAAAGCCGCAGUGACCCCCGAAUACGCUCGUUCCAUUAUCGACGAGAUGGUGAUGGUUGGCCGGCGGUUCUUGUGGCCGGCAAACAUGUUCGUGCUCUCUGAUGCCCGUCGUCUCGGGUUCGACCGUGUGGACUUCGGGUGGGGCGAGCCAGUUUACGCUGGCCCAGCCGACACUCACUUCGGUGUGAGUUUCUUCAUCACCGGUAAGGAUCGCGAUGGGGAGGACCGAGUUGUCGUGCCGGUCGUGUUGCCGUGGCUGGCAAUGGAUCGGCUUGCCAAAGAGGUGGAGAAGCUGUUAAACCCUGUGAAGCCUCCGUUAUCUUAG